AGAUAUGACUUAGAUUAGGAUAUAAAGUUUCGGUCAGUUGAAAAAAGUUUUUAGUUCUUUAGUAACUUUGUCUCAGUUGGAUAAUAAAUUUUUUAGGUUUUUAAAAACUUUUUGUGAGGAUGUUUACUAAGCUGCUUGUUUUUGUUGCGUGUAUUGGAGUUAUACUGGCAGCUGAUAACAACGCUGUUCUGAAUUGUAUGAAAGGAAAGUAUGACGCUGAUCUGGGCAAUUCUUUUACCAGUUGCUACGAAUCAUCUAGAGCCAUGAGGCCAGAAAGAGUGAAGACAUGCUUCACUAAAGUAAUGAAAGAUAAUGGAGUCGUUAUUACUGCCAGCAACGGUCAAAUGACAGUAGACCGCACGAAGUUUGGAGAAUAUGGAAACGCUAACAGUCAGAAACCGAUUGGAAAAGCCAUGAAGGAGUGCUUCAGUAGUGCCCGAUCUGGUGACGACAUGUACAAAGAAAGUUGUAACGGCAACAAUUAAACAACUGUAACUUGUCACAUAUUUUUAUUUGUAUUUUAAUUUACUUUUUCAAUAAAAUAAAUAAACUUUGUA